UUUUGUGGCUUACCAGUUUGUUUAAAAAUUUUCAUCGUAUAUCUUUAGAUUCAUUAUCAGACCUUUUAUCUGACACAGAGGGACGAAUAUCUAUGGUGUCAACUUCGGCACUAGAAUCAUCCGAUAAGGAAAGAGAUUAUAUAAUGAAGUUAAAACAUAUGGCUGAAAUGUUAAAUGAAAGUGAAUACCAAGUGCAGAAAUUAAUGGAACAAGAAAAGUUUUUGAAAGAAGAAAUAAGAAAAUUAGAUCGUUCAGAAAAACGGCAAAAUUUAAACGUGGAGUACUUAAAAAACGUUGUACUUAAAUUUUUUGAAACUAAUCCUGUGGAUCGUGAG